UGCACUGUAAUUACAAUAAAUUGCUUAGUUAAGGGAAGGAAUUGGAGCAACCUAAGUGAUCUUGUAUCUUACAAUGGACUGUUUAAAGAAUAGGCCUACAUGAACAGAAAUGUUUAGUCAUUCCCUUUGUUCAUUCUGGUCUGCCCAUGACAGCACAGAGUUAAGUCACUGACACGUGAAAGACAGAGUCUCCCCUGUUUGAGGUGAACUUUAAGCGCUCAGUGCAAAGGUUAGCUUGAAGCUGCUGCACAAUUUCCACAGCUGCAGGCCUGAUUGGAACAUUGCUAAAUCUGCUCAUAGAGUGACCCUUUAAGAAAGCUGAAAGCCUCUUACCCCUGAUGCUGGCUGAAGGACGGCACCAUAGUGGCCCCUGACUCCCCCUGACCAGACCAGGACUGAGGAGAGGACAACAUGUCUGCGACCGGAGGCAGCAAGGCUGCGGGGGCCUCCUCGCUGGACGAGCCCAGUGCCAAGCUGUUCUGCUGCAGCCCUUUGAGGCGCUGGAUCCCUCUGGCCAUCAGGGAAGAGCUCUACUGCAUCCUGCGUCUUACCGGACCCCUGCUUACGUGUCGUACUCUGAAUUACCUCUUGCCCUUCGUGGUGACGAUAUUCGUUGGCCGCCUUGGGAACAGUGCUCUUGCUGGUUAUGCCAUGGCCUGUGCUGUUAUAAAUAUAUCAAGUGCAUCUACGGGUCUUGGAUUAACCCUAGCCUGUGAUACACUAAUUGCUCAGACGUUUGGGGCGAAGAACCUGCUGCGUGUGGGGGUGAUCCUGCAGAAGAGCAUCCUGAUCUUGCUGCUCUUCUGUCUGCCCUGCUGGGCACUGCUGGUCAACUCCCAGGCCAUCCUGCUGGUGCUGGGACAGGAGCCCGAGGUGGCCAGAAUAGCAGAAAUAUAUGUGUUUGCAUAUCUUCCCGCCAUACCGGCUUUGUUUAUGCAUCAGUUAAUGAUGUCCUAUCUACAAAACCAGGGGAUAAUUUUACCACAGGCGUAUUCAGCUGUUAUGUCCAAUAUUUCCAAUCUAUUAACACACUACGCUCUGGUCUCCUGGCUGGACCUCGGAAUCAUAGGGUCUGCGGUAGCCAACUCUCUCUCGAUCAUCUACAACAUGCUGUUCCUCUUCCUCUGCAUCUACUGGAGGAAGCUGCACGUGACCACGUGGCCAGGCUGGAACUCAGACUGCCUGCAGGAAUGGGGUUCUUUCAUGAAGCUGGCCAUCCCCAGUGCCUUCUUGUGCUGCUUUGAGUGGUGGAUCUAUGAGAUCGGAGGAUUCCUAGCAGGUAUGCUGAGUGAGGAGAACCUCGCAGCCCAACAUGUGGUCAUCAUGCUGGGCUACAUUAACUACAUGAUCCCUUUAGGCAUCCAAGGGGCUGCCUGCAUUCGUGUGGGAAAUGCACUGGGUGCAGGAGACACUGCAGGAGCCAUCCUCGCCAGCAAAGUGGUCUUGAUCUUCGCAGCUGUACUGGCCAUUUUUCAAGGUGUCGUCCUACUCAGCGCAAAACAUGUACUUGGAUACAUUUUUACCUCUGACGAGAAUAUUGCAGCACUGGUGGCAAAGCUCUUAGAUGUCUAUUGUGUAGUUCAGUUUUUCAACGGAGUUAUGUGUGUCAGCCAGGGUAUUCUUCUAGGAUUAGGACAGCAGAGGAUAGCAGCAAUAGCUUUUCCAAUUGGAUACUACUUGAUUGGGCUUCCUCUACUGAUAGCCUUGAUAUUCGCCGCUCAACUGGAAGUCAUUGGCUUUUGGCUUGGCCUUCUCAUCGCAACCGUUCUGUUGGCGGUCUUUUUCGUCAUAGUCAUCUUCAAGCUGGACUGGAAGAAAAUGACUAAAGAAGCCGUAGAACGAGCAGGCAAAGCAGUCUUUGUGGAUUUAAUGACAUCACUAUCAGAGCCUGAACCGGACCUGUUGAUCUCAGGAAACAAAGCCAUGACAGAGAACGGCCAUGGGUCUGUGAUGCUGCAGGAGGAGCAGAAGGCUCAGGGCAGUGAGAGGCGGCAGCCUGCAGCUCUGCUCUCUCCCUCUCAGCUCCUUCUCAGGAGAGGCCUCACUGUGCUGGCUCUCCUCCUCACCCUCGGUGUGGGUGUCACAGUCCACCUCCUCCUGCCUCUACCAGAGUCCUCCUGGAGCUCAAGAACCAACGGAACCAUAGACGCUGGAAACUGGACCACUGCCACCCCACUGGAACAAACCUCUCUAGCUGGUCUAACUAUAAGCCUUUAG